UCCAUCUUGUGCAGCGAGCAGGAGCAGUUCUCCGAGCUGUUACAAAGGCCUACGAACGUUUUUAAAUGUGUAUUUCGGUUUGUCUUGUCUUCUUCUUCCCCCCGUCGAGGCUGUAAGGCGCCGCGCGUGCAGACCGAGCGCUGUUAAGAUCUCGCGAGAGCUCCGGCGUUCUCUGUGGCUGGCCGUGGCUUUGCAGCAGACAGAGGGAGAAGGCAGGCAGGCAGCAUCAUGGCGGACAGAGACAGUGGAAGUGAGCAGGGAGGAGCGGCCACGGGCCCAGGCUUCGGUUCCAUGCACUUAGCCACAGGAGGGGCGGGCUCGGCUUCCGGGCUCCAGCAUGAGACCCAGGAGCUGGCGUCGAAGCGGGUUGACAUCCAAAACAAACGCUUCUAUUUGGACGUAAAGCAGAACGCGAAAGGCCGCUUCUUAAAGAUAGCAGAAGUCGGGGCCGGUGGAAACAAGAGCCGCCUCACUCUCUCCAUGUCCGUGGCGGUCGAGUUCCGCGACUACUUGGGGGACUUCAUCGAACAUUAUGCCCAGCUGGGUCCGAGCAACCCGGGACUGGUACAAGACGAGCCGAGGAGAGCGCUCAAAAGCGAAUUCUUGGUCCGAGAGAAUCGGAAAUACUACAUGGAUCUGAAAGAGAACCAGAGAGGACGGUUCCUGAGGAUUCGACAGACCGUUAACCGGGGGCCCGGUUUGGGAUCCACGCAAGGCCAGACGAUCGCUUUGCCCGCCCAGGGACUUAUUGAGUUUCGUGACGCUUUGGCUAAACUUAUUGACGAUUACGGUGUAGAGGACGAACCUGCAGAGUUGCCCGAAGGGUCAUCAUUGACUGUGGACAACAAACGGUUCUUCUUCGACGUCGGAUCCAAUAAGUACGGUGUGUUCAUGAGGGUAAGCGAGGUGAAGCCAACGUACCGCAACUCAAUUACGGUGCCCUACAAAGUGUGGUCCAAAUUUGGGAAUACGUUCAGUAAGUAUGCCGAGGAGAUGAAGAAGAUCCAGGAGAAGCAGCGGGAGAAAAGGGCAUGCGAGCUCCAGCAACAAGAGGAGAUGCAGGCGGACGAUGGAGACGAGGAUUGAUAUAUAGAGCAAAAAAAGAUGCAAGAGUAAAGAAAAUAACAAGAGAAUUAUAAUUAAAAACUCUACUGUAUAAAGAAAGAAAUCUAAAGAUUUAACUGUAAUGGUUUAACUCCAAGGGAGCAUCACCCACAAUAUAAGAAACCUCCACAACCUGACAGUUAUGACAUGUCACUCAUCGCUGGAUGUUACCCCACUUAUCCACCAUUAAUACAGUAACAGGCUGCUAAACAAAGUAAUAACAAUAUAUUUGAACAUUGUUUCCUACUUGACAAACGAUAUUGAACUGAGUGUUUAUUUCCCUUAUUAACAGAAAACUUUUGUACCAGUUAAAGCUAUUGUAAAAAAAAAAAAAAAAAAAAGUGUUUGCAAUGUUCAAAUGGAAUUAUUGCUGAGUUCUGAAGAAAAAGCGUUUCCUUUUCAUGUGAGCUAAUGACUUCAGCACAAAUCAGAUAUUUUAAUUUUUAAACCAAAAUUCAAAAUCUUUGUAAAAGGUUGUCACAUGUACUACUUGCCAUUCUAUUUACCUUUACCUGUGAGUAGAGAUGUGUUUACACAUGAAUCAUAUGAGGGCUAGGCCUGCUUUGGAAACUGGUUACAUGUCAUGCAGUAUAAAAGGAACAUAUAGGCAUUUUCAUGAAAUGAAUUAAGUGCUCUAUUUGUUGUGCAAUAUACAUUGCAUAGAAAUCAAAUUUAUUAAACUGGUCAAUGGAUCAUGAUAGGAUGACAUUUGCCAGAGGCAUUCAAAGAAAUAUUAAUAUUGUAGUUUUGUUUCAGUUUAAAUUGUUGCCAUGCAGAUGGAUAUAUAUAUAUUAUAGACUACCUUUGUGUCUUGUUGUUAAUGCAAUGUGUUCAUUUUAAAGGUACUAAAUGUGUAUUUGACAGAAGAAAUGCAGAGACAACAUGUAGCAAAUGGCCUAAAUUGCAGAUUACUAACAAGACAAGCCCUACACAAACUGUGCUGAUUGGCCUGUGGUCUGAAAAAAAGGAGGCACAAUUCAGCAGAGCAUCAUUGGUUAGCACAUCGGAUACAACAGAACUAUUUUGUGAUCUUGUUCAGUCAUCAAAGUCCAGAUCCAAGGAGUCUUGUUGCUGCAUGUUUAUCUGCACUAAGAGAUUUCGUUGGUCUCCCAAAAUAUUGGCUCAAGGACCCUUCCAUAUGUAUCUUUAUCUGCCUAUAGUGUACGAAUCUCAAGUUUGAGUACCGAGUGAUUCCAUCCAAAGGCUUGGUGUAGUUGUAGUGGAAGUUGUUUCAAAGUGUGAUUGUAAAAGGAGCGACCUUGUGACCUGUAGUCAAAGUAUCAUCUUCAUAAUAUGGAGGGCACUGAGGAGCCCGCCUAGAUAAGCCAAGGAGAAGAGGGUUCAAUUCACCUCAAAGGUGAGCCCAUCCCUUCAAGUUUAAAAAUCUGAAGGUGUGAAGUUCUGCGGGGCUACUUUGGAUACAUACUCAUAGCUCUACUUUAGAUUUGUAAGCCCAAAUAUCUACCUGGGGGUGAUGAGAUUCUGUUUUGGUCUAAUUGUAAAUAUUUGGGCUGCCACACGGAAAAACAACUGGUUCUAAUCCAGUUCAGUCGCAUCUCAUAGAUGUGUGAUAGCAGUUUUAUAAACUCUGUCAGUAAACUCCAGAGAAACUGGCAACAAUCAGAUAAUGUCAGAUAUACCUCAGCAUUGAAUUAAAUGACUGCUCCUGUGUUUAGAUUGACUGGAAACCAGCAA